AUGGACGCCGAACGGGAGCCCGACUCGCUGCCAGCGACGCCCGAUGAGCUCGCCACCAACCAUAUCCUAGGCGGUCCCAAAUCACCAGGUUCCGUAACCUCGUCCGAAGCCAGUACUCCCCUUGCCACGCCGGAGGAGCUACCGUCAGCUCCGCCCAAGAGAAUGCCUUCGCUACGCUCCGUGUCCGAUCCGCAGAAUCCCGGCCAUCCCAUGUCCGCCUCGUCCACACCUAUCGGGGUGCUGUCUAACGCGAGGCGGCCCGUUGCCGCUGCGCACAUGUCGAGUGGACGCCUACCCGAAGAUCUCAACGCGAAAAUGAGGGCUUUCCACCUGUCACGCCAGGGCAGCUCUCUUUCUCCACAGCAAGGGUCGUCUGCGUCCCCCUCGCCUGCCGCGCCUUCUCCCGGUGGUCCAAUUGCGGGUGGUCCAAUGCCGAGGCUGCAGCUACCAGGCGGCGUCCAAAGACCCGGGGCACCCUCGUUUCCUAGGUCAGCGCCUAAUGUCAACGCUGGGCCAGGUGGCGGAGGUCUGGCCGGCAAGAGGCGGUUCGGACUAAAACUUGGUGACAUGGGCGGCGGCCCCCCGGCAGCGUCCCCCUCAAUGACUGCUCCUCCCGAUGCCAACCAAUCACCAGUUCAGAAUGGAAAUACGCACAUAUCCCAGAUGAAACAGUUCGAGGAGUACAUUGAUUCAGAAAAUGGUUAUUUGACGUUCAAAGGCAAAGCCAUCAUAACAAACAAGGGUGUGGAUUUCGCGGACGGGUCUGUUUUUAGGAUCUCGUUAGACGAAGUCGAGAAGCUGGACGAGCUUGGCAAGGGCAACUAUGGCACUGUCUACAUGGUGCGGCAUUCGAAGCCGGUUGUCCCACGCUUCGGACCCGGGCUUUCCGGUGCCAAAGUGGCAGGAUUGCAGACGGCACUCCCAGGCAACAUCGGCCCAAAGGCUGGCGGUAAUUCUGGCAUGGUCAUGGCAAUGAAAGAAAUGCGGCUGGAGCUGGACGAAGCCAAACUGGGUACUAUCCUCAAAGAGCUUGUCAUCCUUCAUGAAUGCGCCUCGCCCUACAUCAUCGACUUCUACGGAGCCUUCUUCCAGGAAAGUGCGGUCUACAUGUGCCUCGAGUACAUGGACGGCGGCUCCAUCGACAAGCUGUAUUCCGGGGGUAUUCCGGAAAACGUGCUGCGCAAGAUUACUUACUGCACAGUCAUGGGUCUGAAGGAACUGAAGGACAAGCAUAAUAUCAUCCAUCGGGAUGUGAAACCUACCAACAUUCUUGUCAACAGCAGGGGCCAAGUCAAGAUUUGCGAUUUUGGCGUGAGUGGCAACCUCGUGGCGAGUAUCGCGAGGACCAACAUUGGGUGCCAAAGCUAUAUGGCUCCCGAACGCAUCUCUGGAGGAGCUUUCAUGUCGUCUGGUGCAUCGGAUGGUACCUACAGCGUGCAAAGCGACAUAUGGAGCCUUGGCCUGACCAUUAUUGAAUGUGGUAUGGGGAAAUACCCAUAUCCGCCGGAAGUGUCUUCGACAAUAUUCAGUCAGCUCAGCGCCAUUGUGGAAGGAGAGCCACCGGAUUUGCCAGCACAAUAUUCGGAGACAUCGCAACUAUUUGUUCAUGGGUGCUUGAACAAAGUGCCCAAAUUGAGACCGACAUAUCAGGCCCUUUUGGCCUCUGAGUGGCUCAAGAGUUUAACGAAACCCGAGACGAUUACAGAGGAAGACGAGGAAGCCGAGGAGAAUGAUGCUAGCGCAGAGGCGCUCGCUGGAGCAGCAAGUAAGGCUAAUUUCAGCCACUCGACUACUGAAGAUCCCGAGGUCGCGUCGUGGGUCCGAGGGGUACUAAAGCAGAAGUCCAACGGACAGUAUGGUGAGGUGUCUGGGAAACCAGCGCUUCAUGCCGCUCCAUUAGAUGCUGUGAACAGCCCGUUGGCCAGCCCUCAACUGGCGAAAUAG